AUGUAUUUGGCUAUUAUUCGUCUUUUCAUCAUCCUAGGUAUUGCUCUGGCAAUAUGUGAGGCUAGCUAUGUUCUAUGUCUUCAAAGAGUUCCUAUUCAUUCAUGUGCAUCAAGGGGUUGUCCUGUAGUUGGCAAUGCUAUCACCAGCAAGCGCUAUCCAUGUGAUUGCUUUAAAAUCGAGAAAGUUUUGGGUAAAAACCAAAAAUGGUAUAAGAUCGAAUUACCUGAUGGAAAACAUGGCUAUGUAACCAAUGACCACUGCUCGGGCAGUGUUCCGCAAUGUUAA